AUGGUAUGCACAAGUACUCGACCGCUCGCAGCUGGACUCCUCUCACGGAUACUGCGGCUAUCAGCGACUUUCAAUGCAUCUCGACUUCCCGUCAUCGCCAGACGAUGCAAAUCCGGUCCUUACGGCUACACGCAAGCCAAAGCGCUCGUCUUCACUAAAUAUGGCGAGCCGUCUGAUGUUCUCAAACUUCACACUCACUCAAUAUCCCCCUCAAUCCCGCAAUCUUCUGUCCUUGUCCGUUCCCUCGCCGCGCCGAUCAAUCCAGCCGACAUAAAUACUAUACAGGGCACAUACGGCUCAAAACCCACAUUCACUUCGCUAAUUGGUACUGCCGAGCCAUCAGUCACGCCAGGAAGUGAAGGAGCCUUCGAAGUCGUGUCCGUUGGCGGUGCUUUCAGUGAGCUUCGAAAGGGUGAUUGGGUCAUUCCGGCUGUCUCGCAAAUAGGAACGUGGCGAACACAUGCUGUGUUUGACUCAAAACAGCUUCUCAGGGUUGACCGGGAAUGCUUGACACCGAUCCAGGUAGCAACUGUCAGCGUCAAUCCAUGCUCUGCUUACAAAAUGCUUCGCUGCUAUGGCCCCAGUGCCGGGUUCAAGUCUGGACUGGGAAUGAAACCUCUUGAUGUGGGCAGUGGGCAAUGGUUCAUCCAGAAUGGUGCUAAUUCUGGUGUCGGGAGGGCUGCAAUCCAGUUUGGCAAACUUUGGGGCCUGAGAAGCAUCAACGUAGUCCGCGACCGAGACUCCUCCGAGGCGACUGAGUCUCUCAAGCACAAUCUUCAUGCAUUGGGGGCUGAUGUCGUUGUUACCGAAUCUCAAUUUUUAUCACGCGAAUGGAAAGAUCAGCUUGCGGACAUUACGCGGAACGGCCGCGACAGCAUCGGGCUUGCUCUCAACUGUGUUGGAGGCAAGUCGGCCACGACUCUUGCGAGGGCUUUAGGUAAAGGCGGUACUUUGGUCUCAUAUGGAGGCAUGUCCAGGCAGCCUAUUACUCUUCCCGUUGGACUCUUGAUCUUCAAAGAUAUUCGUUUUGUCGGAUUCUGGCUUUCCACUUGGAAUGAGCGUGAUGUGCUGGGUAAGAAGCACAUGGUUGAUGAUAUCCUUGACAUGAUGCGCCAAGAUAAAUUUUCCGAUGUUCCCAUCGAGGAGGUCCCAUGGAACUGGGACACUGAGGAGAAGCAGCUUCAAGACGCUGUGCAGUCCGGACUUGCUGGGUUCAGAUCCGGGAAAGGUGUCUUUUUAUUUGGCGAGACAUGA